UUAGUCUGCGCGCAUACGUGCACUAUUUCCUUUCACGCUGAAAAAGCCACUUUUUCCGCGAGGAAGGAACUGUAAUAGACGUGUGUGCGGAGGAUAAAAAUUUGUUUGAUUGUGGAGGUGUCAAAACUUACAGGUAUUGUGGACAAUGACGACACGCGUGAUUUCACACAGCAGUCUACUCUUGUGCUGGCGCGAGUGUCCAAAAUAACUUCAUAACAGAACAGCGUCUCGUGGAACUCCCCUUUCACAGUUUGCCUCUGAAUCGGAUGGACUUUUGACGUUCUUCGAUGUCGAGUUACGUGGUUUUACGGUUAUGUUCGUUCGAUGGGUGGUUUUUGGACUUGUCGUGUUGCCCCUAGUUGGCGCGCUACACUCGCCCAAGCUUGAACAGAAAAUGUCGACGAUGUUGUCGUUUGAUUUACGUCGAAAGACCAAGCAUCACCGACAGAGGAACUCUAGCACCACUAUGACUCCAACACCCGCGCCAAAAACAGACGGCGAUCAAGAGGAGAUGGAAUUCACUCUGCGGAGUACAUCAUAUGCUUAUGUUAUUGAAUUGGAUUUGGGAACGCCUCCACAACGGUUGGAAUUUUUAAUUGAUACCGGUUCUUCGAACAUGGCUAUUGCAGGUCCAAAGUGUCAGGAUGAAAUGGAUCACAAGUGUGAGAUAGAAACGUAUUAUUAUCCUGAAAAGUCAAGUACAUCCGUAGACCAACAUAUACCAAUAGAAACAGAAUAUGGUAAAGGGGCGUGGUCGGGAGACAUUUAUCGGGAUGUCGUAGCGUUUCCAGGUGAUGGCACAACAGACAUUUUAUUGCAGCCCGAAAUUUACGCAGCAGUUAUAGCACAACUCAAAGAGCGUGGUCCGCCCGUUGAUGGACGAUUUUGGAAGAGUUACUGUGUCGAUACAGAUCCCUAUCAGUGGCCUUACAUUACUAUCUACCUGAAAGACAUGAUUGGAGGUUCGUUUGGAUUGACUGUUCUUGGGAAACACUAUGUUAGAAAACAAGAUGAAUUUUAUUGUCUAAGCAUCGGUGCCAAACGCUCUGGAGCAGUUUUGGGCGAGGUCGUCAUGGAGGGAAAUGUAGUAGUGUUUGAUCGAGCCAAUCAGCGGAUCGGAUUUGCGCCCAGCAAUAUGUCACACCCGGAUGUUGGACCAUGCGGGCGUCUUCAUAAAUAUUGCCGUGCUCCCGACAUGCCUCGGGAGACGUGUUUCAUGGGCUGCAAGUCCUGCAUCAAAUAUGGAGGCCAUCGACCUUUUUUGCCACUGAAGGGGAAAAUCUGGCUGGAUGCUCCGGAACCCUCAGCGUAUCGCGGACCCAUCCACUACACGAGCAUAAACCAAGAGACUUGGUACAGUGUUACCAUGACAGGCAUUGAUGUUGCAGGCAACAGUCUGGGUUUAUUGCCGCCCAGUUUUCCCGCCGCCAUUGUUGACAGUGGCACAACAGACAUAUUAUUGCAGCCCGAAAUUUACGCUGCAGUCAUAGCACAACUCAAAGAGCGUGGCCCGCCCGUUGAUGAACGAUUUUGGAAGAGUUACUGUGUCGAUACAGAUCCCUAUCAAUGGCCAUACAUUACUAUCUACCUAAAAGACAUGAUUGGAGGUUCGUUUGGAUUGACUGUUCUUGGGAAACACUAUGUUAGAAAACAAGAUGAAUUUUACUGUCUAAGUAUUGGUGUUAAACGCUCUGGAGCAGUUUUGGGCGAGGUCGUCAUGGAGGGAAAUGUAGUAGUGUUUGAUCGAGCCAAUCAGAGGAUCGGAUUUGCACCGAGCAAUAUGUCACACCCGGAUGUUGGACCAUGCGGCAAUCCUAUCCGUGUAAAUAAUACAGUUAAAGGGCGUCUUCAUAAAUAUUGCCGUGCUCCCGACAUGCCUCAGGAGACGUGCUUCAUGGGCUGCAAGUCCUGCAUCAAAUAUGGAGGCGUAUGGUGUCCUAGUGGUCACGUGGUUGUGUGGAUAAAUGGCGUCAGAUCUGUUCUUAGCACUAAAAGAGGCUUCUGCUGGCCAGGAGGCCUGUUCACUUUAGACGAUACCAAAGUUCAGACCUUUCUCACAGGACAUGGUAGCGCUGAAUUCCAGGCUUAUUGUGACUCGUUUGUUCCAAUGUACAAGCAGUGUUCAGUGGAGGGUAUUUGGAUCUUAGUUCUGAGUGGCUCGAUAUUUUUUACCCUUUGUUCACUGUUCUUGUUCGUGAGCUGUCGAAGGAGCACGAAACCUAAAUCGAUUGGAGAUCGCCAGAAUCCGAGCGACAACGACGAGUCUCCGCCGUUUCAUGGGAACAAAGCUCUUUCCCGUUGAUAACAAGACACAAGAAACCUCAAUGACAUGCUUAUCAUAUAAUGCGUAAUUACGUACAUUUGCCUUCUGUGAAAAAUUACACGUUAGAUUGCGUCCAGACAUUAUUGUUUUACAGUUUUAACUAUGCCCGGAAACUAUAAAACAAUCACGAUACCUACACCUAUGCGAUAGGUGACGUCAUAGGUGAGAAGCCAUGCUACCUAGCAACGCUGCUGAUCAAGAAAGUAAGAUUGACGGCUC